CUUAGCAUGGACGCUGUAUACCCAGACUUCCUUGGUCUGCACUUGAUCCUUCGGAAUAUUCCCACCCCAAACUGGCUACGUGCCAACUGACCUAAACGCAGCGCAAAUGUUAUCGCAGCAUUUUUACAUGGGAAUCGCAAUUUGUUUACAGCCAAACGUCAAAUUUCAAGCCAAACGCAGACAUGUCCUACGGUCAAGGAGAGAGUUAUCGCCCAGUCACUCGGGACUUCAACAGCCUUAUCCAGUCAUGCAGCUCCAACAUUCAGAAGAUCACACAAAACACUGCUCAGAUCAAGAGCAUUGUGAACCAGUUGGGAACCAGACAGGACACCAGCGAACUUCAGGACCGGCUGCAGCAAAUACAACACUAUACCAACCAACUUGCAAAAGAAACCAACAAGCACCUGAAGGAGUUGGGCUCAAUUCCUCUGCCAACAUCCCCCUCAGAACAAAGGCAGCAGAAGAUUCAGAGAGAACGUCUGAUGAACGAUUUCUCUGCAGCGCUCAACAACUUCCAAGUUGUUCAGCGCCGUGCAGCAGAGAAGGAGAAAGAAUCAGUAGCCAGAGCGAGAGCUGGAUCUCGACUAUCGGUUGAAGACGUUGCGCGAGAUGAAAAGCUUGUAUCUUUUGAUAAUCAGGAGGGAUGGGGUCAGAUGGCCAUUCAGACGGAGGAAGAGGCGGCAGCUAUCACAGAGGAAGACUUGGAGCUCAUCAAGGAGAGAGAAACCAACAUCAGACAGUUAGAGUCUGACAUCAUGGAUGUCAAUCAGAUCUUUAAGGACCUUGCGGUUAUGAUCCAUGACCAAGGAGAGAUGAUUGAUAGCAUCGAGGCAAAUGUGGAGAAUGCUGAAGUACAUGUAGAACGAGGAACAGACCAACUUCAAAGAGCCGCCUAUUACCAACAAAAGUCCCGAAAGAAGAUGUGCAUCCUGGCUUUAGUUUUCUCCAUUGCACUGGUAAUACUUGGCAUCAUCAUCUGGCAAGUGUCCAAGUGACUCGUCUCCACAUUGUUGUCAUCACUAUUAUUACUAUACUGUACUUAGAUUGACUUACAUUGUUCUCUGCCCACCUGCUAGUAGACUGCUCACAUCAGGAUCACAGAGGUAGGAUUGUGCAGAGCUGCAAAUAUACUAAUCUCAAGUUCUCAACUGAGCUGUUCUUUGUAAAAUAGCAACAUAAAACCAACAUUAACAGCAAUAAAGGGGGGACUGAGGUUGUGUCGGGAAAUUAUUCACGUGUUGAUUAUUUUCUUGUUGUUUUUCAAACUGUCAAUAUAUUUCAAAUUAUUCAUGGCAGUUCUUUCCGAUAGACCAAACAAAAAAAUAAGUGACUUUAAGUUUUUUUUUUUCAUAAUUUCUUAUUAUGGCACCUUUUAAUCUGAAGUGUUUAUAUUGCACAAAUUAAGAUAUUGGAAACUACUGAAAGCUAGCUGGGCCUCAUAGUAAAUCAGUUACUCAGAAACAGGUUGACUCAAGGUGGUGAUUGUAUUAAAACUGCUCUAUACUGUGUAUCUUAACAGACAAGCCGUAAAUCCAUAUUUGUAAAUAUGACAUAUUACACACAUUAAAGCCUACUAUACACAGUACAUCUAAAAACAACAGUUUCUCCAUGAAACUAUUUCUAUAGCUCAUUUCAGUAUGUGUAAUAAAUGUAUU